AUGCGCCAAAAUAAAGAUACUCGACCAAUUGUAAAUCUUGAUGAAACCUGGGUAAAUCAAAAUUAUUCGCGGAGCAUUGCAUGGCAACAUGAUAGUAUGGUGGGUCCGAAAAUCCCUACUGGAAAAUGUGGACGCCUUAUUGUUGUUCAUGCAGGAUGUGCCAAAUAUGGGUUCAUUCAGAAUUCAAAAUUGAUUUUCCGCAGUUAUACUGGCAAUUCUACGGAUUACCACAUCCAAAUGAAUUCUGAAGUAUUCAAAUCUUGGUUCACCCAAAUGCUGAACAGCCUUGAAGAACCGUCCGUGAUAGUUAUGGAUAAUGCAUCUUAUCAUUCAACCCUCAUCGAUAACUUUCCCAAAAAAAAUUUAGCUGAACUUAGACAGAAAGUUAAAGCGUUAAUACCAUUUGAAAAAAAAAAUGAAUUGGAUGUAUUGUCAUUGGAAAUGGGCCACGAAGUUAUUCGACUUCCACCGUACCAUUGCCAAUACAAUCCAAUUGAGCUGAUAUGGGCCCAGUGCGUGAGACAUGCAGAAGCAUUGUAUGAUCAAGACAACGAAAAAGAAAUUAUGAGAGACAGUAUGUUGGAGCCAAUCAUAUUGACUUUAUUACCUGAUGACAGCGAUUGGAGGGAGUCCAGUGACGAUGAAGGAAAUUCGGAAUAA